CCGUGCCCAAAAAAUCUACGCCUCGACCCUCGACCUCACCAUGCCGCCCGGACGCGAGCGAGCGCCGUCCUCGAAGGCCAAGGAAAAACAGGAGUCGCCAACAGCCUUCACCAGCUUUCCAGACUUCUCGCGCAUCAACGAUGAAUGCUUCAACGGAGUCAAAGAAGACACCUUUUCAACACCGCGCCCGACCAGUGGCGGAAAUCGAAAUGGCGGCCUUGGCUUAGGCACCGAGAAACGCUGGGGUGUGGUGGACAACGUCUCCAUCAAGGAUUUGUUGUGGGUCUGUGACCAAACCUUUGCCAAGACUGCGCGACAAAUUUGUUCUGAGGUGCUCCAAAGUGUGCAAGGAGAAUUUGAAGCUGCCAAGGCUCAAAUGAGGCAUGACGUGGUGCAGCCCAUCACUGCGUUGACCAAUGCCCUUGACCGACUUCCCUCGAGGCUGGACGGACCUAUUAAGCGCAUCAUCGAGGCUGAGGUGAUGCCAUCCCUGGUGUCUUUCGGUCAGAGCGUGAAGCGUAUGGACGAGGAACUGAAGGCCAGCUUUGGGCAAGUGGAGAAACAAAGUGUUCAAGUGGAAGAGCUGCAGAGGCGCUCAGUGAAGGCUUGCGAACAGCUGCUGAACCACUUUGCGGAGAAUACCCAGGACCAAUUGGCUCAGAUGCGGCAGAUGCAGUCCCAGCUGCUGGAUGGCAAGAAAAGCACCGCGGGAGAUCUUCAUCAACUGCUGCAGGCCAAUCAUGACCUUCAUGGUGUCAUCGAGCAGAAGGUGGAUGCAUUGCUCUGGAAACAUACCAAGGAAUAUGCUGUGAAAGUUGAUUUCGGACAGAUGCCCAAGGCCCGAGCCGAGGAAGACAUGGCAGCGAUUUCAGCAGUCACAGAAGUGAUGCACAAGGUGGACGUGACGUUGGCGGACUUUGAUGAGAAGAUGCAGGGCUGGCUGGUUGAGAGCAUGCAAGCCUAUAAGGUCAGCCCUGCGGAGAACGUGGCCCGCGCCGUGGAGAGUCAGAACGUCGGGGUGCAGUGCGAAGGCACUCAGGCCAUGGAAGCGGCGGUUCAGACGGCGGGCGAGACAUCUACAAGGAAGAAGAGGCCACGGCCCACGCGCAUCACCAUGCGUCAGUCGCGUGUCUCAGUGAUGGAGGUCAAAGACAAAGUCGCCAAGAGAGGUGUGCCAGUCUUCGCGGAUGAAAGGGAGAUGAAGCGAAACGUGCGGCAGGCCAUGAUGAAGACACGCUACAACGUCCACGACCUAUACCAUAAAACCGGGUGUGCUCAACGAGUGGCGCGUCAUCCCUACUUCGAAAAUGCGGUGCUGGGGGUCAUCUUCCUCAAUGCCAUUUGGUUGUCCAUCGACAUCGAUAACAACUCUGCGGCCGUUCUGGUGGAUGCCUCGCCCAUUUUCAUUGUGAUGGAGAACAUGUUCUGUUUAUUCUUCACUGGCGAACUGCUGAUCCGUUUCUUCGCCUUUGCCAGAAAAAGAGAUUGCUGCAAAGAUUUCUGGUUUGUUUUCGACUGCGUUGUGAACAUCUACAUGGUCGGUGAGACGUGGAUCCUGUCCUUGAUCCUGCUGCUCAGCGAUGUGACCACCACAGAGGCAGUUUUUGAUGCAUCGGCCCUGCGCAUUAUCCGCAUGGUGAAGAUUUUGCGCUUGUCGCGCAUGGCCAAGCUCUUGCGGGCCAUCCCGGAGUUGAGCAUUGUCAUCAAAGCCAUCGGCGCGGCGGGACGCUCCAUGUUGGUGAUCGCAGUGUUUUGUUUGAUGGUGGUCUAUGUCUUUGCCUUAACCCUGAAGCAGAUAACCCUCAUAGUAAACACAGAUCCUUCCAACGCCGUUGUUGCGAGAAAUUUCGACUCUGUCCUUUCAGCCAUGAACACCCUGUUGCUGCGAAGUCUCUUUUCUGACAGCGCAGAACUGGUGACAGAUCUGUCCAGCUGGCAUCCGGUCUUCUGGCCCUGCAUCAUGCUCUUUGUGCUGAUCACUUCGGUCACCAUGAUGUACAUGCUGAUGGGUGUCAUGGUGAACGUCAUCGACAUCGUGGCUGCCUCGGAACGCGAGGGCCUGGCAGUGUCCACGGUGGCGCUGAACCUGCGACAGGUCAUGAAGCGAAUGGGCAUCAGCACCGAAGGUCCCAUCUCCAAAGCGGCGAUCAACGAGUUGCUGCUUGAAGCGGAGGUGGUGAAUUUCCUGUACGGUGUGGACGUGGACGUUGUCUCCUUGGUUGAGAUGAUCGAUCAGGUUUACGAAGAUAUCUUGGAACGCGAGGGCCGGCCACUGGAGUUUGGAGACCUGGUUGAGACGAUCAUGAAUUUGCGCGGGAGCAACCCCGCAACCGUGCAGGAUUUGAAGGCCUCCAUUCGGGCGGUGAAAAUGGCCAUGAGCAUCGAGAUGGACUUGUUGCGGCAAAGCUUACAUGGCCAACUUCACUCGA